GCGGGGCGGGGAGCGGCGCGGAGCGGCGCGGCGCGGCGUGGCGCAGGGCGGCCAUGACGGCGCACAGCUUGGCGCUGCCCCUCGUCCUCUUCUCCGCCUUCUGGGGGCUCGUGGGCGUCGCCGCCCCCUGGGUCGUGCCCAAGGGGCCCAACCGCGGGGUGAUCAUCACCAUGCUGGUCACCGGCGCCGUGUGCUGCUACCUCUUCUGGCUGAUCGCCAUCCUGGCGCAGGCCAACCCCCUGUUCGGGCCGCAGCUGAAGAACGAGACCGUGUGGUACGUGCGCUUCCUCUGGGAGUGAGCCCCGCGCCCCGACGGAGAGCUCCCCCCCGCCUCCACCCCGUCGUCACCCUCCCGCCGCUGCUCCAGCGUCUCCCCUCCCGCCCCAGGCAGAGGUCCCAGAGGUGCUGGGCCAGAGGCCGGACCCGCGGCCCCAGCACACCCUGAGCUCCGCGCCCCUGCCUGGGAUGAGGAGCUCGUGCAGGCAGGAACCUCCCUGCGGUCGGUCCCCGGCUGCGGCUGGGGUGGGCCCUGCUGAGGGUAGGAGGAGGGAAGGCCGGCGCCGCGGGAGGGUGCGGGCUGGCAGGGGUGCGAUGCGGGAGGUGCUGGGGUGUCGGGCCGGGGGCUCUGCCUGGCAGCCUGGGGCUGGAGGGGGGCCCUGUCAUCGUCUCCCGCCCCAGCAGCGAGGGUGCCGCAGUAGUGUCUAGGUACCGCCGUCCCUCCCACCCACGUCCAUGUUCUGAGAACUUACGGAGUCGUCCCUUGCCCCUAUUUAUCAGAUAUGGCUUAUCUGUAUUUAUUUAUUUGUCUGUGCUAAGUUUGUGUUGUGGAAAUAAAUCCUUUUUUCGUAAGUGAUGCUGGAAGCAGUCACUUGCUGCUGGGAGGCA